AUGGAUAUCCUCAGCCAGAUAUUAUCGUCUCCGAGCUGCUUGGCUCUUUUCGGAGACAACGAGUUGAGUCCUGAGUGUCUUGAUGGCAUAACACCGUUGCUAAAGCCAUCUACUAUCAGCAUACCUCAAAAAUACACGAGUUUUGUUGCACCAAUUAUGUCACUUUAUAUGCACCAGCAAAUCAGAUUUUGCGGAGCAAGUUACUGGAAUCGUGGGCUUCCAGGACAUGGACGGAUAGGACCGGAGCUUCAGUUUGAUGGCAGUUAUCGGCAGAACUAUCCGCAAGGUGAACAGGUCGCAAGUAUGGAUCAGAUAUACGUAGCGUUUCUACGACAGUACUGUAAUCUUGCUGAGCCGAAGUCGGUGUUCACAUUCGUGCAUCCUAAUUUCGAUAAUCAGUCGAAUGAACGUUCUGCCAGUAUAUCCUUCGAAAUGGAUCGUCCAGCUGAUCUGAUGGGAUUUGCUGGCUACUUCCACAUGAAUUUGUAUAAGGACAUAACACUGUCAAUCGUACCGUCAACAUAUUCGGAUGACAUGAUUAGUUGGUUUCCGGCGAUUAUUCCUCUUCGCGAGUUGUAUCGAGUCCUGCCAGGAGAAAAGGUCACUCUCAACAUAGAGCGUAAAGUGGACGACGGUGGCGUGUGGUAUGAGUGGUUCAUUCAUCAUACGCUUUCGUACUGUUUCAUUAAGGUGCUCUAUCAUGUGGUACACGUUCCAUGGCAAUCUCCAGAAGAUGUGAAGGAACUGCUGUGGCGACGACAUGCUUACAAUAAUGCUGUCAUCUCUUUGAAAGAGAUAUUUCGUCAAGAAAUACAACAGGCUGAAGCCGCAGGGAAAGGAGUGGAAUCAAUGAAAGAGGAAGAAGAUGCUGAGCUCAAUCGUCUCCUUGCAGAGAACGAUCGAAUCAAUCGCGAAAAGGCUGAAGCAAGGGCACGAAAAGAAGAGGAAGAGUGGAAGGUUACGCAACGCGAAAUUUUGGCCGAAAUCGACGAAGCUCUUCAAAAGCAACACCAAGUUGCAAAAGAGGCUACUGCUGAGGUUCGAGAUGCAAUUUCUCGCAGUCGAGACUUUGUAAAUGAGGAAAAUUUGGAGGCAAAGAUUUUAGAAGCACUUGAACACCCCAAAGUUUACGACUUUGCUAUUGAUCGUCAAGGAAAGAAGACGAUGCAGACGUAUGUGGCUGAAAUUGGUGAGAUUGUCCGGGCCCAAAGAAGGGAUGAAGAAGAAAUCGACUCUCUACAGACGCGCAUCUCUUUUGUAGAUUCGUCAGGGAACUUCUGCGGGGAGCGGGCAUGGAUCAGGCUUUUCCCGUACCUGAAGACUGUGGCAUCAGUAGCCUAUUACUCAUGUACGACUUUGGCAGGUGUACAAACACUUGGCGAGGAAUAUGUAAAGAUCUUUCGGAUUCAGUCGACAGUUCGAGCUGUUCCUUCGUUGGGAGCUAGAUUUUUGUUUGUCCUGGUCCAUGCGCUAGCUCCCAUGGUAUCGCAGUUUGCUAUACAGGUUCGCCUCUACCAAAAGCGGAGCGCACCCUUUCACAUCCUUCCACGUCGUCUUUCAUGGGCAUCCUCAAUCAGGAACAACCCAAAGGCUAGAAGAAGCUUCAAGUUAUUAAUUGAAUGGAUGAGAUCUGUUGGUAUUCCUCAGCUUUACCGCUUACAUUUGGCGUUCUUUUAUAUUUUUGGAGUAUACUAUAACAUUUCUAAUCGUGUGUCGGGUACCAGGUACUUGUCUCUCAGCCCACAGACCGACUUGAAGGCUUUGAAAGUCUACAGAUUUCUGGGUUAUUUGACUCUGGCGCAGACUGUUGUUAGCCUCACUCUUUGGAUCGUAUCUACUGCAGAAGCAGAAAGGAAUCAGUCCAAGAACACUUCGUCGACUACGGCCUCCACUCAUGCAAAGAAAGACCGGGCUGAGAAAGAUGACAAUGUAAGUGGAACCUGA